AUGGCUGGAAACAAUGGUAAUACAAGCAGUGGCGUGAUCACCAUAAAAGAAUGUAUUGAGUUGCCCGCCACCGUCCAUUCACAAGGCCUGUGGAACUACAUCUAUAGUGGGCCUAUGCCGUCUACGCCACUGAUUGAGCUGGUGAUGAUUGUUAUUUUCACCAUCACCCAAGCCUCCCAUUUCCUUCUUAAGCGGUUUGGAGUCCCCAAGUUUACCACACAACUUCUUGUUGGCAUGAUCCUCGGGCCCUCUCUCCUGGGGCGCUUCAGAAUAUUCAACAGUGUUCUAUUUUCCAUUAAAAGUCAAGAAAUAAUUGAUAUGCUGUCUCUCUGGAGUUACGUACUCUUUUUAUUUAUCAGUGGCGUGAAAAUGGAUCUAGGAAUGAUAAAGAGAAGCGGAAGAAAAGCCUUGCUUACAGGGGUGGUAUGCAUCUUGUCGCCUUUACUAAUUAGCUUGUCAUUCCAAGUAAAAAUCAGAGGAUCUUAUUGGCUAAAUGAAGAUGAAUCAUAUGUACUUUCAUAUUUAACAGCAGUACAUUGUCUAACUCCAUUUCCGGUCGUUGCUUGCCUUCUUGAAGACCUCAAGAUCCUGAAUUCUGAACUGGGUCGAUUAGCCCUAUCUGCAGCAAUGGUGAGUGAUAUGUUAAGUGUGUUCCUUUCCAUCCUUGCCACCUUGGCUAUAAUUAGCAGGGUGCAAUCUAGUGUGCUCACCGCCGUAGAUUUAGGAGGACUCAUCAUCCUUCUUAUCGUCAUUGUAUUUACGAUUCGACCAGCAAUGUUUUGGGUGAUCAGGCAAACACCGGUAGGCAGGCCUGUCUGUGACACAUACAUUCAUACCAUCAUGCUAAUGGUCUUUGGCUCCGGGUUGCUUUCUCAUUUGUUUGGUAUGAGUGUAUUCACUGGGCCUUUCUUUAUGGGUUUGGCAGUACCAGAUGGACCACCUUUAGGAUAUGCCAUUGUUAACAAGUUCAACUACUUCAUUUUGAAUGUGUUUUUGCCAAUCUUCGUAACUUCUUGUGGGAUGAGGACAGAUCUGAGUUUACUCAAAUUCAAUAACAUGUUCAUGACAAUCAACGGACUCAACAUUGUUUUGACUUUUUUGACCAAAAUGGCGGCUUGUUUGGUUCCUCCCUUGUACUUCAAAAUGCCCUUAAAAGAUGCUAUGGCACUCGCUCUCAUAUUGAGCUGCAAAGGUGUAGUCCAACUCGCAGCCUAUACAAGCCUCAGAGAUACUAAGGCCAUGGCAGACCAGUCGUACGCUUUGUCAAGUGUUAGCAUCCUAUUAAUUGCACUUUUCGUGCCACUACUAGUGAAAUAUCUAUAUCAUCCUUCAAGAAAAUAUGCAAGUUACCAGAAAAGGGAUAUUAUGCAUUGCAUACACAAUGCAGAGCUCAAAGUCCUAGUGUGCAUUCACAGGCAAGAUGACAUUGCUGCAAUAACAAAACUACUUGAAGUCGCGUGCCCAUCUAGUGAAAGACCCCUUGCUAUUUAUGUACUUCACCUUAUCAAGUUAAUUGGCCGAGCCUCUCCUAUUUUUGUGUCCCACCAAAUGCAAAAAAAAACUGUAUCCAAUAAUAGUUCCUAUUCAGAGAAUAUCAUUCUCGCCUUCAAUCACUUUAAACAAUACAAUGAGGGUGUUGUAUCAGUAAACAUCUUCACAGCAAUCUCUCCACCUAAGUUCAUGCAUGAGGACAUAUGCAUCCUUGGAUUGGACAAACUCACAUCUUUCAUAGUACUCCCGUUUCACCGAAAACGGUCCAUUGACGGUCUUGUCGAAUCAGAGGACAAUACCAUCAGGACCUUAAAUUGCAGUGUGCUUGAAGUGGCCCCCUGCUCUAUUGGGAUUCUUGUUGAUCGUGGUCAUUUAGGCCGCUCAAUUGUUUCAUCAGAGCCAUCUUAUUAUGUUGCCAUGAUCUUCUUCGGAGGUAAUGACGAUCGAGAGGCGUUGUCUUUUGCAAAACGCAUGGCCAAUGACUCGAAUAUCAUCUUGACUGUGGUUCACUUUGUUGCCGUUGGCGAUGACGUUGAUUCUCACUUGGACAAAUUGAUUGACAAUGAGAUAUUGAAGGAUGUUAAACUUAACAAUGUAGGUGAUGAAUAUGUGAUAUACCAAGAGGAGAUGGUGAAAGAUGGGCCUCAAACGGCAUUAAUAAUUCGGUCUCUGGUGAAUGAUUAUGACUUUAUUAUUGUUGGUAGACGACAUAACAUACAGUCUCCGCAGACAUCAGGGCUUGUAGAAUGGAGUGAAUUUCCAGAACUGGGGAUUAUUGGGGACUUACUUGCCUCAUCAGAUAUUCAGAGCAAAACUUCUAUUUUGGUGGUGCAACAACAACAACAGAUUGACAGUUAA